AUGAGUAUUAGAGUGCAAACUAGGGAUGGCUUAAUUCUCUCCUUGGUGGAAGAUAAAGCCAAAUUUCUGCCCUCCUUAAGUAGACGAAUUAACAACGCCGAUGGAACCGAGGUCAUUAGGCUCAGCAACAUCACAGCAGUUGUAUUAGACAAAGUUCUUGAAUGGUGCAGUCGUCAUGCUGAAUCCGACUGCACUCUGGAGGCUCUAAUGCAAUGGGAUCAGAAAUUUUUCAACGAAAACAAGAGUUUAAUAGGAAACAUUGGCGAAGCAGCUGAUUACUUCGAAAUUGGUGAUCUAAAGAACGCCGUUUGUUUAUAUGAAUCACUUCUACCAUUUUGUGAUUAG